GUCCACACAUUUACAUUAAUCCAUUUGGAAGACGCUUUGAUCCAAAGUGACUUAGAAGUGAGUGUUUCCUUUUUUAACUUGGUCAUUUGUAUUCCAAAAUGGCUUGCAUAAUGUGUAUCCUUGUAAUGUGUGUGAGUUGCCAAGGUGCUGUAAUAGAAAGUGUAGUUGUUAGUAUGUUUACCUAACCUAGGAUUUAAACACUGUGUAUUGAAAAGGGCAGGUGGGGCCAAUUUCUGUAAAAAGAAAAAAAAAGUACACAGUCGAUGGGUGGGUCCGGACAGGCCCGUCUACGGCCGUUUAGAAAUCCUCUGAUGGGACUCAAUCUCCCAGGGUGCACUUGUAGGUCAGCUGACGUCUCACAUGACACACGUUGGCAGUGACGGGAAAAGUCGCGCAUUGACAAAAUACUCCCCAAACGUGAACUAUUAAUGUUUACUUGUAUGAACUGAACUUUGAACUAGUUCAGGAGAGGUGUGAACUUGCACAACACUGCACAGCAAGCCCCUAUGAUUUUCAUGACACUCCUGUCCACACACGACUCGUAUCUUCUCGCGCAGAUCACAAUGAUGGGACCGUUUGUUUAGCCGAAAACUGUCUUUGAGACGGAAACUGCACCCGUGAUACAUUCGGUAAGUUGAGAUGCUAAUUGCAUCCUUCUUACUGAAGGUCGGUUGAAAUGAGUAGACCUCAAACUCACGGCAAUCUAUUUAUGUACCCUGUCUCUAUGGCGGCAAACCGUCGUCGCAAGGCUAUUACGCUAAUGAGAGACGUUAGUUUACUGAGGUUGUUUAUCUAAUUGGUGUUUUCGCCACACGGUAGUCCUGCUAUCUUAUGACUGGACAUCCUGUCCAGUUCACCUGAUAUAUCUUCCAUUAGUUGUAUUAGGCUUGAGUCACAAUGUUUUAUAUAGAGGACAAGUUGUGUUUUCUUCUGUGCUGAUGGAUGUCCCGUGACAGGUGGUAGUCAUAGCGACCAUCCCGUCAACAUGGGUCCCGAAGGGAAGUCUCUCCUCAACAUCGUCAUCCUGGGCUUCGGCUUCAUGUUCAUGUUCACUGCGUUUACAACAUGCGGGAACAUCGAGCAAACCGUGCUCAAGAGUUAUAACAGCUCGGAUUUCCACGGCAGCGGCUACACCAGUAUGUCCAUCAUCUAUGGGGUCUUCUCCGCCUCCAACCUCAUCGCCCCGUCCGUGGUGGCUGUCAUCGGACCUCAGCUGGCCAUGUUCUUCAGCGGCCUGUUCUACAGUGGCUACAUUGCCAUGUUCAUCCACCCGCUGACCUGGAGUUUCUACACGGCGUCGGUGAUGGUCGGCAUCGCUGCUGCAGUGUUGUGGACUGCCCAGGGGUAUCUUCUCACCAUUAACUCAUCAGACAGCACCCUGGGCAGGAACAGUGGGAUCUUCUGGUCUCUGCUGCAGUUCAGUAUGUUCUUUGGGAACAUGUAUGUCUACUUCGCCUGGCAUGGGAAGACCCAUAUAUCUGAUAAGGACCGUCAGACGGUCUUCAUCUCGCUCACCGUCAUCAGUCUGGUGGGCAGCUUCCUCUUCUUCCUCAUCCAGAAGGCUGAGGCCGAGCCCACGACCUCCGACCCCACGACCUCCGACCCCAUGACCUCGGAGACCUCCGAGUCCCUGUUGCCCUCGGAGACGCUCACAGAGAGCUCCGCUGUGGUGACAGCAGCUCCUGGCGUGGGCUCUCAGGCUCUGGACGCCUUCAAGAAGGCUCUGAAGCUGUUUGUCACCAAAGAAAUGCUGUUGCUCAGCACCUCCAUCGCCUAUACAGGGCUGGAGUUGACCUUCUACAGUGGGGUGUACGGCACCAGUAUCGGGGCGAUGACGGUGUUUGGGGACAGUGCCAAGAGCCUGAUCGGCCUCUCUGGCAUCUGCAUUGGCAUCGGGGAGAUCCUGGGAGGGGGCGUGUUUGGGAUGCUGAAUAAGCGUUUGGGCCGUAACCCGGUGGUGCUCCUGGGGCUCAUCACACACUUCGUGGCGUUCUUCCUCAUCUUCCUCAACAUCGCCAGCGACGCCCCCAUCGCCCCGGAGGAGGGCACACACCUACAGGCCUUCAUCACACCCAGCGUGGAGGUGGCUCUGUUGUGUAGUUUCCUGCUUGGUCUUGGAGACAGCUGCUUCAUCACCCAGCUGCUAAGCAUUGUGGGAUACAUGUUCCGGGAGGACAGUGCCCCAGCCUUUGCCGUCUUCUAUUUUAUCCAGUCCAUCAUGGCGGCGGUGGCCUUCCUCUACAGUAACUACCUGCUGCUGCACUGGCAGCUGCUCAUCCUGGUGGUGAUGGGCUUCCUGGGAACGCUCACCUUCUUCCUGGCCGAGUGGCUCGCCGUCAUGCGCCACCGCGACUCCGACUACGACAGCAUCUAACCGCGGGCGCUGCCCUCGCCCCCGCCACCCCCCCCCCUACCCUGCCCAGAGCCCGUGCCCAGGGGGGGGAGACGAGGGUCCCGAGAGAGCUGCCGCCUCCGCUGCGGAGUGCCAAGGUGCCCCCUCACUGACUGUGCCAGCCUGUGCCACCCUGUGCCACCCUGAGGAGCAGUCUUGGUUGGCACUGCUGCCUAGUGGGGGAAACGUGGCAUUAAGAGACUGUGCCAAGGUUUCAUGUUUCCUUCUUGUGUUUGGUAGUCUGGGGUUGGUUUUGUUUUGUUUUGUUUUGUUUUGUUUGCCAUUCAGAGCUGGAGAAUCAAGGAAGGAACAACUGCAUGAUACAUGCAAACACACACACACACACACACACACACACACACACACACACA